ACAUAAAAACAUAAAAAAAUAAUGAAAACUAAAGAAGUUAACACAAUAAGUUUGUAGCUCCAGAUUUUUUAAAAUAUAACUUUAGGAAUUUUUUCAACAUUUUUCCCGUAAUCUGCACUUGCUUCUCAAUAACGUACCACUGAGUUGGUGCGCCAGUUUUUGAGCACCCUGUAUAAAUUUCAAGAAUGUGGCAUUAGCCAAUACCCUUCCAGCGGCCAUGGCCAAAGGCCUUUAAUAAAGUGGGGAUAACGGUAUCAACAGUUCCUCAAUCCCGGCAGUAUCCAGAACUCUUCGAGUCCUUGUUACCUCUUAAUCGUUAUCAUAAAAAAAUGACGUGCCAAGUGGUCCUCCGCAUCGAGUUAGAACAACUGACUUACAAAAGCCCAGGAAUCGAAUUAAAAUAUCGAGUGUUCCAAAUCUACGGCCAGAAGCACGUAACACUCCAAAACCCCGACUUACACCCCGAACCUAUGACUGAAAUCUUCGUUGCGAAAAUUCCCCGAAACAUCGCCAUCGAAAACCUCUUCAAAUUCUUCGCACAAUGUGGAGAGAUCUACCAGAUACGCCUUCUAAUGGACUUUAGUGGAUCAAACCGAGGCAAGUGUUUUGUGCAAUACCUGCAUGCGAAAGCGAGCCGUGAAGCGAUUUGUUGUCUCCACAACGAAAUCAUCGAAAGUGGUCAUCGGAUUGUUGUGAAAAUGUCUCUUAACAAUAAUCAACUGUUUCUGAGAUCGAUCCCGACGGUCAUCCCCGAAGAGGAAGUAAGACAAGCUAUUGUUAACACCAUUGGUGAAGGCUUGAUAGGCAUUAUAAUGAAGAAAUCGCGGACUUGUGAACGUUAUUACUGCUUUUGUACGUAUAGGGAUCAUCAGUUUGCGAUCAUGGCGCACAAAAAAUCGUGGCCCUCUCUCAGAAUUGGAAACUAUUUGAUUGAUGUUCAUUGGGCCAUUCCUGAACUAUUGCGAUACUACACAUAUCUGUAUUUUACGGACUUUAGUCCCGACAUGACCAAGAAAGAAUUUUUUGAGGCACUUAUUACACUUAUAGACGUGAAAACAAUGAUACAAUUUCGUAUUUACGAUAAGUGCGGCUGUAUAACUUUUAACCAUCCGGAUUCCUUGAAAAAAGCCGAAGAAUGCUUAAGAGGUUUAACUAUACGAGGAAUCAAAUUAAGGUUUAGUAGAUGGCCUUUUAGAAUAAAUCCUCUUUAUCGGCCCCGACACACUAGAAACACUAUACACAAUACAGCACCCACGUAUCCAUUUUCGUUUCAACAGUCUUCUAACUAUUCUGAAGUUCCUAGUGAACCACCAUUUCCAACAACAUUCCCAGGAAAUGUGCCUUUUUGUAUGGUAAAAACUUUUUUACAGUGUUUAUAAAUCUUUGUUCCUUCUUAAUUUUUAAAUAAAAAUUUUCAGCC